CAUCGAUGACCUUUAAACCUGCUUCCCCUGUGUUGCCUAGACUACAGGGUUUGGACGGCUUUGGAAGAUGUGUUCAGAGAACUUUGCCCAAACUGGCCCACCCCUGUUUGUUCUAAUGCUAUGUAGAGCUGUUUCUGUUUCUCAGCCAGCUCAGGCCCUCUAUUCCUUCCAAGCCGGUCUGCGGCCUCCGCUACCCACCUGCUGAGGGCGAUCUUCUGGUGGAGCAGAAAGCCCCGCUCGUAGGGCCAGGGAAGGCCGGCCUCGAACCACUCGCGACAGCGCAGCACGGGCGAGAUGCAGGCGGCGCCUGUCACGUAGCUAGAGGAGCCGCACUCGCCCAGGUAGGACAGUAGCAGCGCCGAGCCCGAGCCCUCGCUCACCAAGAACAGCGGCGCCGCCGGGUGUCGAAAGCGGAUGUAAGUGACGGCCUCCUUGAGGUCGGACGGGUCCCCGAAAGGCUGCAGCCGGGGGCUGACCAGCGGGCAGCCGUGGUGGCCGCGGCGAUGGAAGAUAACUGGGUAGUAGCCGCGCUCCAGGGCGAGCAAGCAGAGGCCGAGCACGUUGCGAGUGAGGCGACCCCAGGCAUUAGGGAUCACCAGAAGCACCGCGGGAAGGCUCCCGGCGCUGGUUAUCCGGCGGCCCCGAACACAAGGUCCCACCACCCAGUCCAGGGCCACCAGCCCAUCGUCCGCCAACUGCAGGUCACGCAGACAAAAUCUGAAGCAGGUUUGCCAGGGGAGCGUACCCGUCUCCCCAGCUUGGGCCACCCGGUCCACAGGGAUCCCAAUCUCAUCCAGGAGCUGCAGAUGUGCUCUGCAGGCUGCAAGGACGCGCUGGUGGUGGCUAGACCGGCGGAGGAGGCGGGAGCCCAUUGUUCCGAGGGCCUGUGGCCUCUUCCCCCGCAGGUUUCACCAAGAGUGACCUCCACACUAGUGAGCCCAGGGAAGGCUGAGGAUGUCACCUUCCUCUACCAUCCCUGUGCCCACCCCUGGCUGAAGCUCCAGCUUGCCCUCCUGGCCUACACUUGUAUGGCUAACCCCUCCCUCACCCCUGACUCCAGCCUCACACAGGAUCGGCCUCUGGUGCUGGCUGCGUGGGGGCUGGCGCUGGAGAUGGCCUGGGUAGAGCCAGCCUGGGCUGCACACUGGCUGAUGAGGAGGUGGAGGAGGAAGCAGAGGAAGAAGAUGGCAUGGAUCUACCAUGACAGCCUUUUGGGGCCCCCUCCCUGUAUGCCAACCCUAGGUAGAGGGAGGCUGUGCCGGAGAGGGUGUGUGCAGGCCCUGGCUCUGGCCUUCGCUCUGCGGAGCUGGCGGCCCCCUGGCACAGAGAUGACAUCUCAAGGGCCCAGGCAGCCCUCUCCCAGUGGUGCCAAGAGACGGAGGCUGCGGGCUGCCCUUGUUCCCCAGCCGACUCGCUCAGCCCUGAGGUUUCCCUCUGCUUCCCCAGGAAGCUUCAAGGCCAAGCAGCCCAUGCUGGGAAUCCGUGGUAGGGAGAGUAAUGCCCCAUCAGCACCCACUGCCUCCCUGCUGCCCGGGGCACCUGGAGGCAAUGCCAGCUCCAGGGAAGAGGUUCAUGUGCCCAGCGGGCAAGGCAGCCCAGGGAGCUGUGUCUGUUCAAGUCAGGCUUCCCCGGCCCCCCGCGCCGCAGCGCCUCCACGGGCAGUUCGGGGCCCCACCCCACGUACGGAAGAGGCCGCCUGGGCCGCCAUGGCCCUGACCUUCCUGCUGGUGCUGCUCACCCUGGCCACGCUCUGCACACGGCUGCACCGAAACUUCCGACGCGGGGAGAGCAUCUACUGGGGGCCCACAGCGGACAGCCAGGACACAGUGGCUGCUGUGCUGAAGCGGAGGCUGCUGCUGCCCUCGCGACGAGUCAAGCGCUCCCGCCGGAGACCCCUCCUUCCGCCCACGCCGGACAGCGGCCCGGAGGGUGAGAGCUCGGAGUGACGGCCUGGGUCCUGCCACUGUAGCGUGUGGCUCCUCCCCGCGCCGCGAGGCCGCGACCUCUGCCACGUGGACCGGGCGCGGGGCGCCCCCUGGUGGCGACGGUGCGGUCCCGGCCGAGCAUCGCGAAGGUUUUCCUCCUCAGCGUUCCUUCGCGUUGGUGGCUGAGUGAGCGGCGGCGGAGAGAAAGCCGCUUCUGCCUCCCUUGCCAAAACUCCGUUUCUAAUUAAAUUAUUUUUAGAAGA